GCUCCGACUGCAUGAAGAAAAGGUCAUUAAAGAUCGGCGGCACCACCUCAAGACGUAUCCGAACUGCUUCGUUGCCAAAGAGCUGAUCGACUGGCUGAUUGACCAUAAAGAGGCCUCCGACCGAGAGACGGCAAUUAAACUGGUGCAGAAAUUACUGGAUCACAGCAUUAUCCACCAUGUCUGUGAUGAGCAUAAGGAAUUCAAGGAUGUCAAACUGUUCUACCGCUUCAGAAAAGACGACGGGACAUUUCCGCUGGACAAUGAGGCGAAGGUGUUCAUGAGAGGACAAAGGCUGUAUGAAAAGCUGAUGAGUUCUGAAAACACCCUUUUGCAAGCCAGGGAAGAGGAAGGAGUCAAGUACGAACGGACCUUCGUGGCGUCGGAGUUCAUCGACUGGCUGAUCCAGGAAGGAGAGGCCACAACACGGACUGAAGCAGAGCAGCUCGGCCGCAGACUUUUGGAGCAUGGGAUUAUACAGCACGGUGAGAAAUUUAAUGCCAGUGACAUGGACAGUGGGAUUGAGUGCCCCCUCAGCAGGUUUGCCAACACCACCAAGCUGUGUGGUGCAAUCAACACGCUGGAGGGAAGGCAUGCCAUCCAGAGGGACCUGGACAGGCUUGAGAGAUGGACCCAGGUCAAUCUCAUGAAGCUCAACAAGGCCAAGUGCAAGGUCCUGCACACAGGUCAGGGCAGUCCCAAGCACAGAUAUAGAUUCAGUGGAGAAUGGAUUGAGAGGAGCACCAAGGAGAAGGACUUGGGAGUGUUGGUUGACGAGAAGCUCAAUAUAAGCCAGCAAU